AUGGGAAUUGUUUGUGGAUAAAUUCCAAAAUCUAAAUCAAAAGAGUUCCAUGUUACAAAACAUUUGACAUAGUCAAUUAAAUAAGAAUAAGAAAAUGUAGAAUUUGAGGAUUAUGAUCAGUGUUUUUGCCCAUCCUUAACAAAGAAUUAUAUUUUAAAUCCCAGAUUUCUUAUUACAGAAGAAUCAAAAUAUGAAAAGGAAGAAUAAAAUCUUAAUAAUGAUAUUAUAAAGAAUUCUUCUUCAUAAUUGUCCUUAUGUAUUUAAAGUGAACCUAACAAUUUAAACGAAAUACAAGGAAAAUAAAGAAACUAAAAUAAAUUAAAGCCAGACAUCUAAAAUUCUAAAAGGAUGAGUUUAGAAUAGAGAUAUAAAAUUGCAACAUCACCUUCAUAAUUCAAAAAACGAAAUAGUAAUACUUCUCAAAGUCCUUUGGCAACAAUACUUUAAACAAAAAAUAAUUCUGCAAAACAAAAAGAACAAUUGAUUUUAACUAAAGGAAAACUAAAAAUAUCAAAUAAAGAUGUAAAAUAAGAAUGA